UCUCUCUCUCAUCCAACCAACUGUUCCAAUUCGGGUAGCCCUGUAGGCCUAAUUGCUUUUAAUUCAUUACUAUUUUACUUUUGCUUUUUGGACGGAAAUUACUUAUUUAUUAUAUUAUAUAGUUCAGCUUCUCAUGGUCUUCUUGUUUAUAUAAGUAAACUACACAACGCCAUUUCUUGUUCAAGCACCCAAAAUCACUUAGAGAGAUCACAUAUUCACACGACAGAAAAAAAAGAGUCAGAGAAGGAAACCAAAAAAAAAAUGGAAAGUAGCAUAGAGAUGGAUAAGGAGAGAUUAACGGCGGAAAUGGCCUUUAAAGACUCGUCUUCCGCCGUUAUCAAAAUCCGGCAACGCUUGCCUGAUUUCUUACAAUCCGUGAAGCUCAAGUACGUGAAAUUAGGGUAUGGGUAUUCAUGUAACCCUGCCACUAUUUUCAUGUUCCUUCUAAUUGUUCCUCUACUGGUAUCCAUAGGGUUUCAGCUCACCGGUCUAGAACUGGACCGGGUGUCUGAGUUAUGGAGAACCCGGGCGGUUUGGUUCGAUGAUGUCAAUGCAGCCACAAGACUAGCUGGUUCAGCCUUUUUUGUCAUCCUCUUAGCCCUCUACUGGGCCAAGCGGUCUAGACCGGUUUAUCUCGUGGACUUUGCGUGUUAUAAACCGGACGAUGAAAGAAAAGUAACCCGGGAAUUCUUCUUGAAGAUCUCUGAAGACACGGGUGCAUUCGAAGAAGAAACUCUUCACUUUCAGAGACGAAUAACGACCCGGUCCGGUUUAGGCGACGAGACAUACUUGUCUAGAGGAAUCACUUCCACACCACCAAACUUAUGUAUGGAAGAGGCAAGGUUCGAGGCUGAGGCUGUUAUGUUUGGUGCAUUGGACGCUCUUUUUGAACAAACUGGGGUUAACCCAAAAGAGAUUGGCAUUGUUAUUGUCAAUUGCAGCUUGUUCAAUCCAACCCCAUCUUUGUCCUCCAUGAUUGUCAACCACUACAAGCUCCGCACCGACAUAAAGAGUUUCAACCUAGGCGGUAUGGGUUGCAGUGCGGGACUUAUUUCAAUCGACCUAGCCAAAGACCUUUUGAAUGCAAAUCCUAACACGUAUGCUAUAGUGGUGAGCACAGAAAACAUAACUUUGAAUUGGUACUUUGGCAAUGACCGGUCUAUGUUGUUGUCGAAUUGCAUAUUCCGCAUGGGUGGUGCGGCAGUUCUGUUGUCGAAUCGAGCAAGAGAUCGUAGCCGAUCCAAGUACCAAUUGGUCCACACAGUUCGGACCCAUAAAGGGUCAGAUGACAAGAACUACAACUGUGUGUACCAGAGAGAAGAUGAUAAAGGUACAAUUGGGGUGUCACUAGCACGAGAGUUAAUGGCAGUGGCAGGUGAUGCAUUGAAAACAAACAUAACAACGUUGGGUCCCUUGGUUUUGCCAAUAUGGGAGCAAUUGAUGUUCUUUGUAACGCUGAUGAGAAAGAAGGUUUUGAAAGCCAAAGUGAAGCCAUAUAUACCGAAUUUCAAGCUUGCAUUCGAGCACUUUUGUAUACACGCAGGAGGGAGAGCCGUUUUGGACGAGUUGCAGAAGAAUUUGCAGCUUAGUGAUUGGCAUAUGGAGCCCUCUAGGAUGACUUUGCAUCGAUUUGGUAACACUUCGAGUAGUUCUUUGUGGUAUGAAUUGGCUUAUACGGAGGCUAAGGCUCGGGUCUCCCGGGGCGACCGGGUCUGGCAGAUUGCUUUCGGCUCGGGUUUUAAAUGCAAUAGUGCAGUUUGGAGGGCGCUUAGGGAGAUUCCGGUACCCACUCAGGACUGCCGGGCUAACCCAUGGGUUGACUCAAUUGAUAGGUACCCGGUCAAGGUUCCUGUUGCAUAGUAUUUGCUUUAGUUGGUUGGGUACACGGUGUCAACUGUCUAAAUUGAAGAAGAUCUUCAAUUUCUAUCUCGAUCUGUGGCUUUUUUUAUUGUUAUUAUUAUUAUUAUUUUUCUUUUUCCUUAUCCUCAUUUACCUUCAUAUGCUACGAGUGUACACAACAAUGAGGGAUUCUUUAUACAGGACUUUCGCAUGAUGUACACACUUUAGUGGUUAGUGUUUUAUAAUGCAAAUAAUAUUGCUUGGUGAUUA